AAGCAGACUGAGGCGGGACUUGAUGAUAGUCUUUGAAUAUGUUAAGGACUGUUAUAAAGAGAUCAGUUGUGCUGUGUCCACGAAGGUAGAACAAGAAGCAAUGGGCUUAAUCUGCAGCAAGGGAGAUUUAGGUUAGAUACUAGGAGAAACUUUGUAAUUAUAAUGGUAGUUAAACUCUGAACUAGGAGAGGAGGCUGUGGCAUCACCGUCACGGGAGAGUUGUAAGACCAGGUUGGACAAACUUGUCUAAAUUGACUUGGUCCUGCCUCAGUGCAGAGGCCCGGACUUGGUAACCUCUUGAGGUCCCUUCCAGCCCGACAUUUCUCUGAUUCUAGAAGAGCCCCAUGAGUCCUGGCUCUGACAGAAGGAUGAAUGUAGAGCGGCCGGGGAAGGUGGAGUUUGUGGAGCCUGAGAAGAAUGCAAGUAUGGAGUGGGCCCGAAGGGGCUGUGGUAGGAAAAAGCCCAAGGAGGUAGCGGAGGUGGGUCUGAAUAGACAGCCGGCUCACUACAGAGCCUUGGGCUGGAACCCAGAGGAGGGGGAGGGCCUGGGCUUCCCUGCCAGUGCCCAGGAAUCUGGACUGAAGACCUGACAUAAGGACACAGGACACUUGUUUGUUGGACUCUCUGUUACCCUGGAAGGGGUGAGACUGAAUGUGACCUGGCUGGAGAGUUGGCUCGCAAAAAGAGGCAGAGCACUGGAGGGCUGCUAGACGGGGAGAGCUCACUAUGGGUGACUGACACGGGGGAGCCCUUGACAACCCAUCAUUCUAGUAUCGGAGCACCUCAUGGUCAUUAAAGAAUGUGCCCUCCAGGACAGCCUAAUGAGUGAGCACAGUGCUGUCAUCUCCACUUGACAGAUGGGGAACCGAGACCCAGAUAGGGCAAGUUUCGUUCCUGUAGCCCUGACCCCCCCUGGGGCACUGGAGGUCCUGAUCACAAGAAGCAUCUGAAUCAGCCAAUCGCAUGUGGAGGCGGCAGUUCUCCCACGUGCUCCGAGCUCCCCUCUGAACGCUGCCCUCCGUGGACGCUGCUGCUUUUCCCACCAGGGCUGCUAGUCCCAAGAGCCCGCACCCACCUGUGCUUUGAGAUCGAGGCAAGCCAUGGCUCUGACCCAGAGGGACUCCGCCCCCCGCAUCCUGCUGGCUGAGGAGAAGUUGCUCCAGAGAAAAAUGAAGACCUGGCCUUCGGGCUUUGAGGUGAAGCUGGAGAUCAUCACCCCUUUUCUGGGCAAGUACCGCCCGUUUGUGGGGCGCUGCUGUCAGACCUGCACCCCGAAGAGCUGGCAAUCCUCCUUCCACAAGCACCUUCCCUCCCUGGGCUUUCACAAUGUUCUCCAGGUGACCGAGGAAGACACCAGGUACAGGGGCUGGCUGGUAAGAAGACUCUGUUACUUCCUUGCGAUCCUCGAGUGGAAAGUUGAUUCUGAGACCCCGCGAGAUCUCCAGGAGAGAAUCUUCCGCAGCAAAAGGGUGCAGGAUGUCAUGUCUCUGGAGGUCCCCCAGGCGAGAGGGGCUGUCUCCGUUCUCAGCAAAUCCCCGGCACAAUGGAGGAGCGAAGUGCUGAGCAUCCUGGGCCAGAUUCAGUCUCCUCUCUCCCUUUUCAUACUGAGGCUCUGCAGCUGGGCUCUGCUCAGACUCCUCAACCGCGUGUUCCUCAACCUGCUGCUCCACAAAGGGCAGCUGGAGAUGGUGCGCAGGGCAGCCCAGACGCCUGACAUCCCGCUGGUUUUUCUCUCGACUCACAAGUCCUGGCUGGAUGGGCUGCUGCUCCCCUUCCUCCUGUUCUCUCAGGGUCUGGGGGUGCCCCGAGUGACCUGGGAAUAUCAGGCCUUUACCCCAAGCCUCAGGGCCCUGCUGAGCCGGUUGGGAGGGGUUUUCCUGCCUCCCGGAGCAGAGCACGCGCCGGACGGCGAACGAGGUGUGCUCUCCAGGGCCAUCCUCACCUCGUACGUCGAGGAGCUGCUGAAGAGCCGGCAGCACCUGGUGAUCUUCCUGGAGGAGCCCGUCUCUGGCGAAUCCCGGCUCUCCGCCCCUGGCAGGGAGUGGCUGGCGCUGGUGCUGGGCGCUGUCCAUGCCAGAGCCGUCCCCGAUGUGAUGCUGGUGCCCGUGGGCAUUGCCUAUGAUGUGGCCCCCAGUGCGUCCCGCGGGGGGCUCUUGGGCUCAGCUCAACCUUUAGGUCUCUGGUCCUGUCUCCUGGCCGUUCGCCGAGCGCUGGGCCAGGAGUUUGGCUGUGUCCGGAUGGACUUUGCACAGCCUUUCUCCUUGCAGGAGUACACAGCAAACAGCCUCUUCAGACAGAGCUACUCGCGGAAGUCCCUGGAGGAGCUGCUUCUGCCUGUCAUCCUCGGCAAAAGCCCCGACCUGCUGGACUGGGAGAAGUCAGAGGAGUGGUACCCGGGCCUCGGAGCUGCCGCGGAGCUGAAGGCAGACGAGCGAAUGCUGGUGGGCAGACUUGGCCUGCACUCCCUGAGCGCCGGCGUCUCCUGCUCCGCCGUCAUGGCCGUGGCGAUCAUGUCUGCGCUCUUACUGCACAAGCACCGUGAGGGCGUCUUCCUGUCCCGGCUCAUGUCCGACUUCUCCUGGCUGGUGGAGGAGACCCUGCUGCGGAACCGCGACGUGGGCUUCUCGGGGCGGCUGCGUGACCUGGUGCUCCACGCCCUCUCCCUGCUGCGGGGCUGCGUCUCCCUGCACCACCUCUCGCGUGGGGACGUCCUGGUGGCCCCCAGGGAGACGGAGGCGGCCGUGAGGGAGCUGAGCUGGCACAGCACCGCCCUGCUGCCCGUCUUCAUGUGCGAGGCCGUGGGGGCCUGCGCCAUCAACGCCCUGCUGGUGGAGAUGCUGCCCUUCUUGAGCCCUGCCGAGCUGCCCGCGGCCGUCGUGCUGAGCCAAGAGGAGCUGCGCCGCAAGACCCUGGCGCUGCUCCAGCUGCUGCCCAGAGACAUCCUCCUGCUCCAGCCCUGCCAGUCGGUCUCUUGCUACAGCCAGGAGGUGCUGGACAAGCUGAUCCAGUGUGGUCUGCUGGUCGCGGAGGAGGCCCCCAGCGAGCGGCUGGCCUGCGACAUCGCCCGGAGGCGCUUCUCGCAGAAGCUGCUAUGGAAGGAGAUGGAGGACUUCAACGACAGCGACAGCGACUACGACGAGGACACCGGCAAGCGCUGCUUCAAGAUAAGCCAGCUGGACAACUGCCCUGAUUUCUUCCUCUUCCUGUGUGGUCUCCUGGGCCCCCUGCUGAAGACCUUUGAGAGAGCAGCUGCCUUCCUGGUGGAGUCUGGCUGUCCUGAGCUAGAGUUGGAGUAUGUGGAGAAGCUGCAGCGGUUCCUGCUGAGGAAGGCGAGAGAGGAUGGCUCCUUCGUGUGUGCAAACAGGAGCCUGGCUCUGAGCUCCAUCCGGACCUUCAAGGAGCUGGGGGUGCUGAGGGAGCAGCCAGGCCCAGCAGGGCCUAUUCUCCACCUCUCGGAAACUUUCAGCAGCAAAGGGAACCAGGAGCAACUGGAGAAGUUCAUGGGGCAGUUCACCUCCAGCUAGAGCGGCUUGGCAGGGUUGAGGAACUGUCCUGCCA